AUGCAAUUUCUUCUAUUAACUGCCUGUUUACUCUUCUGCACAAAUGCAGUCGAUUCUACCGAUUGUUAUCAGCUCGACACCGCCAAAUCAUGUAUUAAAGACAAGGAAGGUGAUAAUAAAUGCAAAGGAGCACUUAUUAUCAAAGAUACUGAUAAUAAACCACUAUGUGACGAGGCUUUUAUGGGUAAUGAAGACAUAACAAGUUUCGAAUAUAAACCAGCGCAGAAAGUAAAAAUUGGUGCAAGAGCAUUCAAAGGUGCAAUCAAAUUAGCAACAGUCACAAUUACAAACAAAAUUCAGUCUCUUGGUGAAGAAGCGUUCAGUGGAUGUGUCGAGCUGACGACAAUAGCAUUAACAGACCUCACUACAAUUCCAACAAAGUGUUUUGAAGGUUGCACCAAAUUAACUACUAUUACUGAUAAUAGUGAUGUCACAACUUACGAAGAAAGCUCAUUUAAAAUGAGUAGUCUCACUACAAUCACAUUUGCAGCAACCGUUGCCAAAUUUGGAGACAAUGCUUUCAUGGGAACCAAACUGACAGCAAUAACACUUCCGACUACAGCUGUCACAACUUUUGGAAUGCAUGUAUUCGAAGAUAUCACAACAGCUACAACUGCGACAAUAACAGGGAUCACAACCAUUCCAGAUUUCACAUUCAAAGGUUGCACAAUACUGGCAACAGUCACUGGCAUCAACGCAGUCACUUCAUUUGGUGAGUCUUCAUUUGAUAACACUGCAAUUGCCGAAAUAACUUUUGCAACAACUGGGGUCACCAAAAUUGGUGAUGCGGCUUUCAAUAACACUAAAUUAGUGACUGUUACAAUUCCAACUGGUGUCACUGCAUUAGGAAAACACAUAUUCGAAGGAAUAACCACAUUGACUUCUGCUACAAUAACUGGGAUAACAUCAAUUCCCGAUUUUACAUUCAAUGGAUGCACUUUAUUGGCUACAGUCACCGGAAUAGAAGCUGUCACUUCAUUUGGUGAAAGCUCGUUUGAUAAUACCGCUAUCACCACCCUCACUUUUGCUACUGGAGUCACUAAAAUAGGUGAUGCAGCCUUUAGAAAGACCAAAUUGACAACUAUAACUAUACCAACUAGUGUCACCUCUUUGGGAAUGCAUGUCUUCGAGGGAAUAGCUACUUUGACAUCAGCUACAAUCACAGGCACAACAACAAUCCCAGAUUUCACAUUCAAUGAAUGCACAAAGUUGGCUACUGUCACUGGGUUUGAAGCAGUUACUUCUUUUGGUGAAAGCUCGUUCGCAAAAACAGCAAUGCCAACAAUCACUUUUGGUAAGGCGGUUACCAAAUUUGGAAAUAUGGCUUUCAAGGGAGUUACAGUUGUUACAGAUAUUGAGAUUCCAACAGUGACCACAUUUGGAACAAAUGUUUUUGACGGAAUAAUAACAUUGACACAUGCAGAUUUGUCUGAAAAUACAAUGAUUCCUGAAGGCACAUUUUUGGGAUGCACUAUGUUGAAUAAUGUUUCCAGAACACAAAAAGUUGCUACAGUUGGAAAGGACGCGUUCAAAGAAUGUAAUAAACUUGAGAAUCUCAAUUUAUAUGCGCCACUCACUUCAUUAUCAGAUACCCUGACAAGUGUAAAGAACUUGUUCUUCCAUGGAACUGCAGCACCAACAAUACCAACAGGUACUGAAUUGAACAGCAAUUUGAAUGUGUAUGUCACCAAAAAUUACACAGCCUCUGUGUUUGGUGAGUUGAAUGUUCUCAAGGCGGGAUGCACCAAUUUCCAAUGUGUUGAUGUCUCUUCUGCAGCACCACCAUCAGGUAAAAUGGCCGUAACGCCAAAGUGCAAGAACUGUGAAACCAAUUUCUUGAGUGUUGAUGGUGCCAACUAUUACU